CAUUAAAACGAAGUAAACGUGGGGAAGUAAAAGAGGUUCAAUAUGUUUGUGUUGUCUCAAGUUGGGUGGCUUUGGUCAAAAGAAGUCAGAAGAACAACAUCAUCGGACUCUGUUUACUUUGCAACAAAUCGACAAUGUAUCCAAAGGUGAAAUUAAGACAGUUACAUCAUCAAGAUGAAUACGAGGGUGGUGAUGUAAGAAACCUUGGUUUGAAAGCUUUUCUCUCUUUAUCCUUCCACUCUCCUACUUCUCCCGUGAAGGACCAUAAAGUUGUCUCUGUGCCAUCUAUUGUCAAAGUACCAAAGUUUUACUUGCCACAAGUAUCAAUUCCACGAGUAUCUGUAACCGAAGAUUUUGUCGACUGCAGUUUGACAUCUGAUUCUUCUGGUUCUGCAGAACCAGGGAAGGAUGGAGAUACUGAUGAGAGUAAAGUAUAUAUUAGAGCCGAUUUGAUUCCACGAGUACCUGUUACUGAAGACUUUGGGGAAGGCGGUUUGACAUCUGAUUCCUCCGGUUCUGCAGAACCAGAGAAGAAUGGAGAUACUGAUGAGAGUAAAGUAUAUAUUAGAGUCGAUUUGAUUCCACGAGUACCUGUUACCGAAGACUUUGGGGACGGCGAUUUGGCAUCUGAUUUGUCAGGACCUGGGAGACUAGAGAAGGAUCACGGACCUGAGAAGGACGGAAAUAUAGAUGAUGAGAAUAAAGUAAACAUCAGAGCCAGUCCAAUUCCACGCCCUCGUGCUGUCAUUUCUAGUCCUGAAAAUGACUUAAUGAUUGGGAGCAGAAACAAGAUUGGAAAUGGAAGAGUUUACGUAUCGAAGAAUAGUACUGUUUUACCAAAUAGACAUGCUCUUGCUCAAUGUAAAGUGAAAUCACAUGACACUACCGAUAUUCCUCCGGACACAAGAAAAUCCACAGAGACCAAGUCUAAAGAUAAAGUUGAUCAUGUAGGAAAGAAAAAGGUUCAUAAAGGUAGCGUAAAAUCUGAUAACUUACAUAGGCACUGGAAGUUUUAGUUCCAAUGUAACAUGAUCUUAAUCUAGGACUAGGUUCCAUCUCAAGGAAAAGGGAAAGAAUAAUACAGUGCAUGUUUUGAUGUAACCAUGACGACGUGCUUAAUACUUCAGCACCAUUUUUCAAUGUUUACUUGUGUUGAUCUAAGAUUAUUAAGCAACAAGGCAUUGCCUGAGGCAUUAUAUAUCUUCCUCUUUCUUUUGCAUAAGAUUUGAGUUUUUUUUUUUGUAAGAUUCUUUUAUAAAAUUUAAUGUGAUGUCUGUAUCUUAAACGUA